AAGAUGUCCAUGAGCAAUAUGUCUUAGUGUUUCUGCCUCCCUUUUUGUUAGCAUUUUAAACAUCUGAUAACUGAAAUCAGUGUUUGUGUCAAAGUAACAGUGGCUCUGUAUCCUAUGUCUAGUUUUAAAUGUUUACAUGAAUUUGAGCUGAAGUGCUCAUCAAUAGUAAAGUCUAUGAAUACAAAAACUUCUCUGUGCGUGUUGUACCCAUCCUACAGUCGGAUGGUAGUGGUACCAUCUUUUCUUCUUCUAAUGGAGCUACUGUAUCUCAUUCAGGUUUGGUCUCACAAAGAGUACCCUCUGAUCCCUGUGGGCAAACUGGUGCUCAAUAGGAACCCAAUGAACUACUUUGCUGAGGUGGAGCAACUCGCCUUCGAUCCCAGCAACAUGCCACCAGGCAUCGAGGCCAGCCCAGACAAGAUGCUGCAGGGCCGUCUCUUCUCCUACCCAGACACGCAUCGACACCGGCUGGGAGCUAACUACCUGCAGCUCCCUGUCAACUGUCCAUUCAGGAGCCGUGUGACCAACUACCAGCGCGAUGGUCCGAUGUGCAUGUUUGACAACCAAGGUGGAGCCCCAAACUACUAUCCCAACAGCUUCAGUGCUCCUGACAUCCAGCCUCAGUUUGUGGAGUCCAAGUUCAAGGUGUCUCCAGAUGUGAGCCGUUACAACAGUAGAGAUGAGGACAAUGUCGCAGGUAACCAGGAUCGUGACAAGGCUAGAGAUGAUUGGCUUUAUUUUGAAGCUAUCCUGUCUGUAUGA